AUGGUGUUAACAGAGAAAAUAAGACUGGCUGUAAUUACUACCAUUUGGGCUGUGGGAGGUGGCAGUAUUGUGUUCAUCCAAAUACGGCCUCCCAAGAAACCAUUGCCAAACUCUAAAAAGCAACACAAGAACUCUGAAUUCAAGCGGUGGCCAAGGCUUCUGUUGCAAACUCUCCCUUACACAUCCUCAAACCUCGAAAUCACACUCACUACAAACUCAGCAGUGGAAUCAGAACCGAUCCUCUGGUCAUUCUCUUGUACAAAUGCACCAUUUCUCACUCUGCAGACCUCAAAGCAUAAGUCUUCAACCAUCACAUGCUUUGCAACUGAUAAGCAAACUUCUCCUACUGAAAUCAGUUCCACAACCAGGAUCAGGAGUGAAGUUCUCACUCCCUUUCACUCCGUUCGAAUGUUUUUCUAUCUUGCUUUCAUUGCAAGUGGUGGUUUAGGAGGACUAAUAGCAACCACACAAUUGAUUGCAGCAAUAACAAAUCCAUCAAGAGUACUUGAUGCCACCGAAAUUGCCAAGGGUCUUGGAGACCUUGGAGCAGUGUCUCUCUUUGCAUUUUUGUAUUUGAGGGAGAACAAGGCCAAAGAUGCACAGAUUGCUAGGCUCUCUCGAGAGGAAAACCUUUCGAAUCUUAAGCUUCGUGUUUCUGAAAAGAAAGUUAUUCCUCUUAGCUCUUUGAGAGGGAUUGCUCAGCUGGUAAUAUGUGCAGGCCCUGCAUCGUUCAUCACAGAAUCCUUCAAUCGAAGUGAGCCUUUCACUGAAGGGCUUGUGGAAAGAGGAGUGCUCGUUGUGCCCUUGGCUACGGAUGGAAACGUACCUAGUUUUGAGUUUGAAGAAAGUGAAGAGGCUAAGGAUAUUACUGCAAAGAGGAAAGGACUCUGGCAGCUGACUCCAAUUUAUGUUACUGAAUGGACCAACUGGUUGGACGAACAAAAGAAGCUGGCCGGUGUCACCUCUGACUCUCCCGUGUAUGUAUCUCUUCGCCUGGAUGGUCGUAUUCGUGGCAGUCGCGUUGGUUACCCACCUUGGAAUGCUUUCGUUGCGCAGUUACCACCUGUAAAGGGAAUAUGGUCUGGUCUCCUCGACGGGUUUGAUGGAAGAGUUUAAGAAAACAUUUUUAGUUUCUAGUCAUUCGUUACUUGUCAUGACUCCGCAGUCUGUCGAGAAUAUUGUGGUGUUAUGUGCCAUUUAUAAGCACUUGCAUGCUUAUCGAUUUUUCGAGUAUCUCCCAACUCUCUUGCAUUAUUGGGUGCUUAAGCUUAACUACAUGGUUUUUUGUUUCGGCCAAACACGUAAAACAAACAUCCUGGUGCCCACAAGGAUUUGCACAUUCUGAAACAUAAAAUGCUUAUGAUUGAACAAGUAGUCCUGCCUAUUGGGUUCUGGAAAUCGUCUUUGGAAUAGUUUAAUGACUUUUUUGUUAAUGGAAAAGAGAAGUUAUUUGCACAAGUUUUUCACCCCUUGCACACGCUUGCUUGUUUAUGCUCUUUAGAUAUAAAUGAAAGGAGAAUCGAUAAAAAUAAACAAGGGUCAGAAUGUAUAAGGAGAAAAGUGAGUGCAUAAAUCAUUUUCCAUAAAAAAUAAAAAUAAAAUAAUAAAAAAAACCAGUUUGAUACACCGCUUUUCUCUUUAUCGCGAGAUAAAGAUACAACGGUAAAGAGAGAAUCAUGAUAUGUAAGAUAGUUUUUCUUGUGAUAUUAUAUACUUGGAAAGAGUUGUAUGGACAAAAAUAUAGCGAAGCUAAUCUGCCCUCAAUCCUUGUGGAAAUUUUAGAAAAUACAAUAAUACUCUAUGAAUUUAUAUCGAUCGAUUGGGAUUUUGAGCAUGCAGUGAUUUAAACAUAACUAAGAAAAGGGAAGAAGAAAUCAUAGAGUAUGGUAUAAAAAUAAGGGGCA